AUGUCGGAAGAAACAAUUAUGUCUAUAAAUGAUCAGACAAUUAAAAUUGAACCACCAAAAUAUUCACCGGAAGACAUUAAACUCGAAAUGGAGGAUGAAUUCUAUGAUGCUGAUGUUAGUGUUAAAUCUGAAUCGUUUACUGAAGACGAUGAUACGUGUUUAGAAAGAUUCAUGAAUUCCGAGGUGAAAAUUGAACCACCAGAAUAUUCACCAGAAGACUUUCAACUCGAAAUGGAGGAUGAAUUCGAUGAUGCUGAUGUUAGUGUUAAAUCUGAAUCGUUUGCUGAAGACGAUGAUACCUGUUUAGAAAGAUUCAUAAAUUCCGAGGUGAAAAUUGAACCACCAGAAGACAUUAAACUCGAAAUGGAGGAUGAAUUCGAUGAUCCUGAUGUUACUGUUAAAUCUGAAUCGUUUACUGAAGACGAUGAUACGUGUUUAGAAAGAUUCAUGAAUUCCGAGGUGAAAAUUGAAGAAGAAGUCAAACAGGAGUUAGUCGAGGCACCAACUCAUGAAUGUGACAUUUGCAAUAAAUCAUUUGCAGAAUCAGAUCAUUUAAAAAAGCAUAUGAUCGAACAUAUGCCUAGUAAUAGCAAAGAAAGAUCUUUCAAAUGCGAAAUCUGUCACAAGGCUUUUGAUCGAUUAAGUGAUCUGAAAAGACACAUGCUUAUUCACAGUGGGGAGCGUCCCCACGAAUGCAACAUAUGCAAUAAGAAAUUUACACAUUUAAGUACUCUGAAAAGUCACAUGCGCAUUCACAGUGGGGAGCGUCCCCACGAAUGCAAUAUAUGCAAUAAGAAAUUUACAGAAUCUAGUAAUCUGAAAAAACACAUGCUUGUUCACAGUGGUGAGCAUCCUCAUGAAUGCAACAUAUGCAAUAAGAAAUUUACAGAAUCUAGUAAUCUGAAAAAACACAUGCUUGUUCACAGUGGUGAGCAUCCUCAUGAAUGCAACAUAUGCAAUAAGAAAAUUACACAUUUAAGUACUCUGAAAAGACACAUGCUUAUUCACAGUGGGGAGCGUCCCCACGAAUGCAAUGUAUGCAAUAAGGCAUUCACAACAUCAAGUUAUUUGAAAAGUCACAUGCAGAUACACAGUGGGGAGCGUCCUCAUGAAUGCAAUAUAUGCAAUAAGGCAUUCACAACAUCAAGUUAUUUGAAAAGUCACAUGCAGAUACACAGUGGUAUGCUAAAACUCCAAAAAGACUGUACGGUUUUGGCCAGUCUUAGUCUUGAAGAACUCGUUUUAGUCCAAAGGUUGUGGGAAAGGUGA